AUGUCGGGAUUGUCCUAUAUUUGUGAUUACGGCGAAUCGCAAUCGGAAGACAGUGACGAAGAAGAAAAAAUUCAGAUAUCAAAAAAAGUUAAACUACCAACACCCAAUUUAAAUGGAAUAUCAGUGAUAUCCAGUGAAGACCAUAUUGACGAUCCAUCGCUUCAUGGGGGUAGAAUACGUGCCUUUCCACAUAUUAGAGGGAAUUGGGCUACAUUUGUAUAUAUUGAUUAUCCAAACAAGAAAAACUUAUUAAAUAUCACAGAUAAAUUAGCAGAUUUCAUAAUAUUAUUUGAUAAAUCUUAUAUCAAAAUUGAUGAUUAUCAUAUUAGUCUAUCUAAAACAUUUAUUUUAAGAUAUCACAUGAUAAAAUCUUUUACAAGUUCUUUACAGGAGACGUUAAGCAAAAUUGAGAGCUUUGAAUUAAAUUUUGAUUCUGUUGAAGUAUACUGUAAUGAUGAAAAGACAAGAACAUUUGUAGCACUUAAAGUAGAUUCUUGGAGUCACAGAAUUUUGUGGAAUCUAAGUUCGAAGAUUGAUAAUGUAUUAGAAGAAUACAAAUUACCAAAAUUUUAUGAAAAACCAUCAUACCACAUCAGCAUUCUGAGUGUCAAUGGAGAUCAAAAAGAUCAAAUUUCAAAAAUAUUAGAUAAAUUGAAUGAAGUUAUUUUUAAAGGAAAAGAAGAGUCAGAUAUUCAUCCAAUUCCUGGGAACAGGAAAAUAUAUGUAAACCCUAAUUUUAUACCAGUAAGUAGUACAUCUACUUCUGAACAAUGCAAAACGUCAACAGGUCAAGGAGGGACAUGUAACAUGACAAGAAAUGAAAAUUUCAAUAUAUCAUCAAAAUAUACAUAUUCUUUAGUAAAUAAUGUUGUUGUUAACAAGAUACAGGAUCAUAUUCUGGAAGAAAAUAAAAAUACUUAUACGGAAAACAUAUCGUGUAAAGAGUACAUGAACAAUAAUUUAAGAGUGGCGCCUUUAACGAGAUCCCGAUAUUGUAUAGUCAGAAAAAAAAAUCAACCAUCUUCUAGCACUACCAUUGGAAACGAACCAAAUAUUAAUUUAGAAAAAUUAUCAAUUGUAAGUUCUCCUUCCUUUAACACUUUAUCAAAUUUUAAUAAUGAGAUACCAAUCAAGUGUAGCAGUAGUCAGUCUUCAGAAAAUGUUGUCAAAAUUAAAAUAAGUAGGUAUAAAACUGUACCCAUUUCAUAUUUGACUAAACGAGACGCGAGUAACAAGAUCAAACAAGAAAAAUCCCUUUUGCAUACAAAACCUACAAAUUGUGUACACUUUACGACACUCAAGUCAAAUCAAUUUAAAUAUACAAAGAACAAUAGAACACCCAUUGUUAACAAAGUUACAUUAAAACCAGUCUUAAAAUGUCCCAAUAAAAAUAUAUGGCAAAAUCAUCUCACUAAAACUAAAGUGUUAAAAGCUAAUUUCAAGAUAAAUAAUAUUCCAUGCCGGUUAUUCACUAAAUAUGGAAAAUGUUUGAGGCAGACAUAUGGAAAUUGUCAAUAUCUACAUGAUAAAAAACAUGUAUCAUUAUGUAGAAAAUUUUUAAAAGGAAUAUGUCAUGAUAAUAAUUGUUCUCUUUCACACGAGUUAACUGCAAAAAAAAUGCCCACUUGUUAUUUUUAUUUAAAGGGCAUAUGUACUAAAGAGAACUGUCCCUAUCUGCAUAUUAAGAUAAGUGACAAUAUUAAAACUUGCCAAGAUUUCCUAAAAGGGUACUGUGAAAAUGGAGACAAAUGCCCUUUUAGACAUGUUAAAAAUGAUCGAAGGCAAUCUGAGAUUAACAAUUUGAAGACAAAUAAAAAUGUACUUAAUAAAAGCAUGGUAAUAAAACGAGUUAAAAUAAGAAAAAAUGAUAAGAAAAAAAAUGUUGCUAACGAUAAAGAUAUAACGCAGGGUACAAAACAAUGUGAUGUUGAACACAGAUAUUAUAAAGACAGUGGUUCUGACGUGAAUAUUUGUCAGAUUAUAAAUAUAAAACCCACCAGGUGUAAACUGGGAACUUUACCAUCAUUCAUACAGUUG